AUGCACUCUAAAGAACGCAAAGUGACGACAAAGAACUACAAACUUGUGUGUAUUUGUACAAUCAGCGAUCUAGACCCUUCAGAAGAACCAAAUCUCGAGGAAAUAGAGAAAAAAAACGCAGAAUCGCAGUUAGAAGAGCUGCGGUUGAUGCGUCGUUUGAAGCACCCGAAUGUGUUGUUGUUGUUGGGGGUCUGCCUGAACCCAUCUAACCAAGUUGUGAUCGUGACGGAAUUUUUGGCUCGGGGGAAUCUGAAGAGUUGUAUAGGUGAUAUCAAGAACCUUAGCGUGAGAAUGAGCAUUGUAAUGGAUAUAGCAAGAGGGCUGAAUUGGCUCCAUGCUCAUCAGGUAGUCCAUCGAGAUCUGAAGUUGGCCAAUCUUUUGGUAGACAAGGACUACACUGUAAAGAUUUCUGAUUUCGGGCUGUCCCUAGAUUUAAGGAGAAACCAAGUUUGCCACGACUUUCGAGGUAACCUAAAAUAUUCCCCCCCAGAGAUUCUGCGCGCUCGCUAUGAUAAGUCAAUGCCAGUAUAUCAAUACACAGAGAAGACUGAUGUGUAUUCGUUCGGACUGAUUUUUUGGGAGAUGAUUUCUUACAAGCAGUUGUUUGCCAAUAUGCAGGGUAAAGACGAAUUUACGAAUAUGGUUCUCAUGGGCGAGAGGCCUAGACUCCUGCACCAUUGGCCCGAAUCGGUGAAGGAUCUUCUAACUUGCUGUUGGAACGAAAGUGCUUCGAGGCGUCCUCUCUUUCCGCAGAUCUUGAAACGGCUCGAAGUGAUUUAUAUUGAUUUGAUGUGUCCAGAUCCGCUUGGAAAACGUGUCUGCAAGCAGUUGUGGAAAUUUCGACGUCAUAGUAUCAUCCCAUUCCGAGAAUUCGAGCAAGUCCUUCAAGAACUCGUCAAGCCCGAACCUAAGUACUAUGCAAAAAAUAUCAAAUAUUUGUGGGCUCUUUUGUGCGAUCCUUAUGAUGACACGGUCAAAUUUGAUCGAUUCUGCCAAGUUCUUUCUUGGUUUGGACCCUUUCAGCCUUUCAAUGCCUUUUUAAAACGCAUCAGACAUACGCUACGCCUUCCCUCAUUUCAUGGGGACCUCUCUGUCCAAAAAGCCACUUUUCUUAUCCGAGAAUGCUAUUAUCGUCACCAUCGCAAGCCCGAUAUAAAAUCUGUCCCCUCCUCCACUGCAUCUCCAAAUAUCUCUACCUCUUCUGUUAACAAUCUACCUAACAAAAAUGCUCACCGUCAAGCCAGCGUAGAUCACAUCGCUCCUGGCUCUGUCAACCCCUUCUCUACCUCUAAUAUCUCUAGAAGGAAAUCUAUGCCUAAAUCUCGCACAUCUUCCGCUAUUCAAAAUCAAACCAUCUCCACUUCUAAACAACAAACUCUAUCUAAACAUAUUUCUCAUUUCCACAAUUCUUCCGCUCAACUGCGUUCUCAUUCCCCCUCUUCCGACACCAGCAUAUCUUCCUCUAAUCUCCUCUAUGACACACAUUGUGCCUUCUUCUAUCCCUCCAACCAGCCCCCUUCCAUCACCCACUACUACUCUACUUUCUUUCCUGCCUCUAUUUCUUCUCGCUCGUCCGGUAAAUUACUCACCUCCACCAAUCGCCUCUCCUUCGGCUCUCAUACCUCCUACUUUCUCUACCGCUUCAGUGCCAUUGACUUCGGCGCUUUUGUCCUUACCUACGUCGACAAAGACGGCUACAUUUUUCACAAAAAAAUUCAACAUGAAUCCGGUAAAUACUUUAUCGAUGACUUCAGCGUCGACUUCCCAGAUUUCCUCUCACUCCAUAAAUUUUGCAAACGCCGCUUCAAACUCCAACGACACGUCCCCGGCAGCAUCUAUCAAACCCUAUUCGCCUGAACUCUCUGCCCCUUCUCAUGCCCUGCGUCAGCGUCGCAACGCUGGUGGCUUCUACCUUUCUCUCCUCUUAUAUGUGCCCACUCCCUACAACGUAUACAACUCUUCGUGGUUCAUACACACGCCGCCUGCUAUCACUAUAUGUACAUGCAUGCUAUUUCUUAUACAUACUUCAUUCAUGGCACAUUACUUGCCUUCAUUCUCUGUUCCACAUGCAUUUGCCACUUGUAUAAUUACU